AUGUUGACGAAGGAAUACCCAACUAGCACACUGGAAAAGGAGCCAGUCGAAGAAGAUCUACGACACCAGGCUGGCGAUCCUGUAACUUAUCACGACAUCGGCUUGGCCGAGAUGACCGAUAUGACCGAGACCGGCAGCCCAGAAAUCGAACACACGUGGCACGAGAAUUGCUAUUACCCAGUCUUCUCCAGCCGCGGCCCAGAAGCACCUCGUGCCGAUGAAGCUGUUGUUGAAUACCACGGUACAGACGAGGAGGAGGAUGAGGAAGACCAUGACAAUGAGGACGAUAGUGAUGAUAGCAGCGAUGGUGAGGGUGAGGAUGACGAAGACGAAGAAGACGACAGCGAUGAUGAAGACAGCAAUCUCUCUCGCAGCCGUAACAGCAAGCCGCUGUGCAGACAGCCCCUGCAUGACAUUGAAAGUCUGUACGAACCGCAAGGGUUUGGCGAUCAAGAACAAUCCUUCAAUGAUGGUCCUUCAGGUGCUCGCCCAAAGAAGCAGCCUAAACAGGACGCGCCCAAUGGCACUGCCCUUCCCGGCGAAGUUCUUGCAGCGGGUGCCGAGCUUGAGGGUGCUGGCGAUGGCGAUGGGGAUAUUGUCGACCACCAAAUCCCACCAUCUAGUCGAAUGGCGAAAACAAGGCAGCUUGCACCGACGCGACCACUCAAGGGCACAUCUUCCAGCAAGAGACGACCAAAUGGUAAUGUUGCUCUCAACGAGGACCAGCCGGCUCAGACAAAACGCCAGAAGGUCAGCCAUAGGAUUGAUUCCAACGAUAACAGCGCCGAGCGAGACAAUAUCGACCAAAUGCAGCUUGCCGCUUCACAACCGGCCACCACCUCUACUACCGCAGUUGCUGAUCCUGUCACCUCCAAGAAGGCAGUCAUAAAUCACCCUCAUGGCAACUGGCCAGUCCUCCGCUCGUCGCGCACCUUCUCCACGUUUACUCUGGCCGAACAAUCUCGAACUCUGAAAGACUGGAUGGCAGAAGUCAAAGAGUAUAUGACCGCCAUCGAGGCAGGCGCCAUUCCAGUGGUCAAGAUGUCCCGCUUCUUUCGCCAUGUCGGCACAUAUCUCACUGCUUCGACAGAGAUCCUUGACGACGUGGCACUUGCAGCCGAACGGCUGGAAGGCCAUUCCAAGAGGGUACGAGAGGGGAUGGCGUUGGCCGAUGUGGAAAGACGAGAGGUUGCCGAGUUACUGGGAAAGUUCGCAUUGCCUAGCUCGACGCGGAACACUGCACAGAACAGCGAGCAGGAAUGA